AUGCCGGUGGUGAAAGGGAGUGACGGGCGUGCCGGCCGUCCACCUAACCGGCCGAGCAUGAAGAUCCUCCUUCCGUCAGACUCGUUCGUGUUGAAACGUGCUGCGGCAGCGGCUGCCGCUGCAGCCGCUGCUGCAGCUGAGGCAGUUGAAACGCAUCUGGAAGUUCCGCCGGAGUUCGUUUGCCCGCUGUCGUUACAACUCAUGUCCGAUCCAGCAAUCGUUGCAUCUGGUCAGACGUACGAACGUGCAGCUAUCCAACGAUGGUUCGACGAAGGUCACACGACCUGCCCGAAAACUGGCGAUCGACUAGAGCACACGCACCUUUUAUCGAAUCAGGCUUUAAGGGAUCUGAUUUCCUCUUGGUGUGACAGAAACGGGGUCACACCCGGUUUAGUCACUACUUUGGUCCCUGGAGCCGAUUUCGGACCGUCGUCUGCCGGAAUUCCGGCAAGUUCCGGGGGAGGCGAUGGAGGAAGCGGCAGCGCGCGCGGAAGGGGGAGCGGGUUUUGGUCGGAAGGCGGAAUGAGCGAGGAUGAAGGGCGCAAUAGUAGCGCCAGGGGCGCGCGGAACGGCGAGAGGCCUGUGUUGCGCUCUCCUCGAGGGCGGGGAGCCGGAAGCGCAAGCGCAACUCCCACCGCCAGAGGCGGAGCGCGGAUUCCCCAGUCGCCCAGAAACAACCCGCCGUUUGAUCUCCGCUCCCGCACUCCCCCGCCUGGAGCUUUUACCGGGUUUGGGCGGGGUGGCGGAGCGGAAGGGGUGGGGGGAGUGAUGCGCGUGUCCAGCGCGGGGGAAGGCGUAGGCGCAGUUGUACGGAUGGAAGGCGCGCCCAGCUGGCGGAAGGGGCAGGGGGGAACCGAGUUAGGCGGAACAGCGGGGCAGGGGAACGUGCGCCUGGGCGGGUUAGGGGGAGGCAUUGGCGGAGGGGGGCUUGCGCGCAACCGCGAUGGCAGAGCGGGUUUGCGGCGAACGCAUUCUGUGGAAUCGAAAACCGCGAUACUGGACAUGUUCUUAUCGGAUGACGGGGAGGACGAUAUCGAGGAUAGACGAAGACUCGCGCCACAGCAGCAGCCGCCGCAGGGGCAUGUGACCUUCAGUUUCGACCAGUCAGGAGUGAGGGAUUUUGCAGGAGGAGGCAGGAGAACCGUAGGAUCUGAAUCUUGGAGUGCAUCCGACGACCUAGCUUUCGCGAACCUUCGGCAACAGCAGCAGGGACAGAGCGGUGGUGGUGGCGGCGGCGGAGGCCUUGCCCGGUCCGCCCUAAAGGGCAUGGCGCACGCGCUCUCCCCCAUGCGCGGAGGCCGCGCGGGGAACCCAAGAGCGGGGGCGGCGGGGGGAGGCCCUGGGGGAGGUCUCGGCGGAAUUCCAGGUGGCGCAACUGCUGGCGGAGGAUUGGGGGAAGGGCUCCGCCGAACCAUCUCCCUGCAGCCCGGAGACACGUCAUCCGCGCGCCAGCCAAUCACAGCGUUCCACGACGUACUUAAUAGCGUCCUGCUGGAAAAAUCGGGCAGCGGGAGGGCGAGCGGGCGUGAGGCAGGGGGGAGCGCGCGGGUGGAUGGGGUGUCUGCGGGGGGGGAAGCGGGGGGCAGCGGUCGCGUAGGCGGAGGCGGAGGCGCUGCUCUGGCGAGGGAUUUCGCUAAAAGCCCGCUCAAUAGAAGCACGGCCCAGAACCCCGCGCGGACGGCGCAGCUGGCGCGCGGGGAAAGUAGGGGAGGUGGGGCGGGCGGAGGUUUGGGCGGCGGUGUGGGCGGGGCUCGGGGGGUUGGGGGGCUACUUCGGGGGGGGUCAUUACAGCCGCAAAACCUGAGGCCCGGAAGAGGGGGCAUGGGGGAUGGAGGCGCCGGGCAGAAUGAUUUUUUGGCUGCCCUAGAAAGUUUCCACGGGGAAGGGAAGAGCGCGAGGUCAGAUGGGGUGGGGAGUUCUGGGAGGGUUAUGAGCGGCGGUGGAGUGCGGUUGGGAGGGAUGGUAGGAGGGAGCAACCCUGGCAGUUCUAGGGUUCAGACUCAGCAGGUGUCUCAGAGAAAGCACAAGUCUUUUGAGUUUGAAUCGAGGGGAGCUCGUAACGAGGAUGAUGAAUUCGAUACAGGUACAGGCGCUAGAGGCAGUGGCGGCAGCCAGCAGUUAAAGCCGAAAUCGUUUGAGUUUGUGAAGCGGGGGGCUUAUAGCGAGGACGACGACCCCGGCAGCAGCAGUGACAGCAGCAGCGGGUUCAGCAGCGGAGGCCCCAUGGAUUUCCCCAGCCCUAGGGUCCCUGGAGGGGGCGGAGGCGCAGGGGGGGGCGGAGGGGGAGGGGGGAGCGGAGGGGGGAGCGGAAGCAGCGGAUCGCUGGAAGUGAGGAGCCCGAGGGGGAUCGUUUUUCUUGAUGCGCGGAGCCCCCGCGGUGGUGGUGGUUGGGGGGGAGGGGGGGGUUUUGGGGAAGGGGGGAGGAGAGGGCGGGUGAGGGGAAGUGGGUCGGGGGGGAGUGGGGUGGGGCCGGGGUCAAAAGGGGUGGGCGCAGGGGCGGACGGGGGGAGGGGAGGGCUUGGGCGGAAGACUGGAAGCGCAGGGAACGUGCUGGGUCUGCUGGAUGCGAUGAGGGGAGGGGGAGGAGGAGGAGGAGGCGCAGGUGCUGGGGCAGGGGCAGGGGCAGGGGGAGGGGCAGGGGAAGGAUCUGGGGGAGGAGGGGGAGGAGGAGGGGCGGGAGAGGCAAGUGGAGGGGGCAGAGUGGGGAGGGAGCGUUGGCCUCUAAGCCCUCUAGGGGGAGUGUUGCCAGACUGGUCGAGGAAAAAGGAGCACCCGGAUUCUCCCCAGCGCUCCCAGCACCAGCAGCAGCAGCAGCCGGAUGUGACUGGGGCGGCAGCAGCAGCAGCCUCCAGAGGUUCUGCUGGUGCUUCUGUCGCCGCUGACACAUCAGAUGAGGUUCGGGAGUUGCUUGCAACUAUCCGCUCCUCCUCCGCCUCCUCCGCCUCCGCCUCCUCCUCCUCCUCUUCUUCUCAGUCCAACAAGCCCUCGUCGUCAUCUGACCGCCAGCUAAGGGAAGCUGUGUCGUCUCUCCGGUCGCUUCUUAGGAAGCAGCCUCUGGCGAAGGACAUCACGGUGGAGUGCGGUGGAGUGCGGCUCAUUGUGGAUCUGCUCUCUGCCUCUGAUGUGAAAACGCAGGAGCAUGCAGUUUCGUGCCUGCUGCUGGUGUCUCUGGUGAAAGGGGUAGCAGGGGAGAUAGCAGCGUGCAAUGGCGUGAAGCAGCUAGUUGGUUUACUCCAAAGUGGCACUGUAGCUUCAAAAGAAGGCGCCGCAGCAGCGCUGUUCACUCUGUCGGUUAGCGAGUCGCUUCUUAUGGAGGUUAGGGGAAGCGGGGCAGUGCCGCUGCUGCUGGAUGUGCUUAAAACGGGGUCUACUAGAGGGAGAAAAGACUCUGCGCUCGUUUUAUUUAAUGUAUCAAGAGACGCGAAAGGGGCGCUGGAGUUAGUUCAAGCGGGUGCGGUGGAAGUGCUUUUAGAGGUGCUUGCUUAUAAAGAGUCGGGGCUGGAAGAGAAAGCAAUGGCGGUGCUGGCUAAUAUCUGCCGGUUGAAAGAGGGCCGCGCUAGGCUUGUAACAGCAGACGGAAAAGGCUGGCCCAGCGGUGGUAGUAGUGAUGGGAGUGGCAAUGGUGGCAGUGGUAGGAAUGGUGCUACUGGUGGUGGUGCGGGUGAUGCAAUUGCAGUGUUGGUUGCUGUUGUUGCUAGCGGCUCGCCAAGAGCUCAAGAGGACGCUAUUAUGACCCUGCUGCUGCUGGCUACUGGGGGGCAUUUGAGGGGAGGUGGUGAGGGGGAUGGUGGAGAUGGGAGUGGGGAGGAGGAUGGGGAGGAGUUGGGAAGGAGGAUGGUGGAGGAAGGGGUUUUGCCGGCUUUGGAGGAGUUGUUACAAAGUGAUGUUUGCUCCGGGAGAGCGAAGGCGAAAGCACAAGCGCUGGUUGAUGUUCUGGAGGAUACAGAUGAAGCAAAUGGUUGA